CCCGUCUCAUUUCACCGGAAGUACAACCUUUUCACCCGGUCCCAAUUCCGAAAAACCUCUGUUUAUAUUUGCGGCCGAAGUUUUGCCGGAUAAAAGCAAAAAAGGUAGAAAACAGAAAAAGCGAAUCGGUCUGAUUCUUUAAAAAACGGAAACAUAAGCGAUAAAACUGGCCCCUCCGCUACCCGUGACCAUGCCCGCCUUGUUGGAGAGACCAAAACUGUCCAACGCGAUGGCCAGAGCCCUCCACAAACACAUCAUGAGGGAGAGGGAGCGCAAAAGACAAGAGGAGGAGGAGGUGGAUAAAAUGAUGGAGCAGAAGCUGAAGGAGGAGGAGGAGAGGAAGAGGACCAAAGAAAUAGAGGAGAGGAUGUCAUUAGAGGAAACCAAAGAACAGGUGAUGAAAAUGGGAGAAAAACUUCAGGGGCUUCAAGAAGAAAAGCAUCAGCUGUUCCUGCAGCUCAAAAAAGUUCUCCAUGAGGAGGAGAAGAGGCGCAGAAAGGAGCAGAGUGAUAUAACAACGCUGACAUCCGCCAGUUACCAGCAGAGUCUGCCCAUGCAUACAGGACAGCACCUCCUUAAUAUUCAAGGAAGUCCAGUGAGCCACAGUCGACCUGGAGCACUGCUUGGAGAAAGAAGCAAACAGUUGUUUACAACAGCUGUGAUCCCUGGACGGCAUUAUCAAACGCCUGGAUUCAGCUCUGGUACAGCAGAACACGGACAGUUCAGUGGAGGACAGGGAGUCCACGAGCCGUACGGCGUCGCUCAGGCUCAGCAUCCGUCCAGUUACGCUCCAGGACCGUCGGUGCCUGCAAGUUUUGCCAGCAGCUCUCAGAUCAGAGGUGCGUCUGCAUUUCAAGCCAUGCCUUAUCUCCCUCACCAGCAGGCGGGUUACCCCGUUCACGGUCACUUCACCUCCCAGCCAGGUUACAUCCCUGGAGCCUCCAUUCCCCUGCAGAAGCAGCUGGAACACGCCAACCAGCAGUCGGGCUUCACCGACGCAGGAGGUCUGAGGCCCAUGCACCCCUCUGCCAUUCACGCCUCUGCUCCAGGCCUGCUGCCCACCCCCAUGAUCCCCACCGCAAAGGCCCCUUUCCAGAGCUCUCCACAAGGCGCUCCCCGUCACAGCUUCCACCCCCACAGCCAGAGCGGGCAAAGGUUUUACCAUCAUGGCAAGUAACUCAGCUGUUGAAGACCUGAACGGAAGCUACGUCCGAGUCGCUCACGGCUCUUUAUCUUUUGUUUGUUGGAUUGUUUCUUUUGGUCACUUUGUGUUUGAUUCCUUGUACAGUGACUUUUAUUCUGUCCCUUAAAUGUACAUCUGUGAAGUUACUAAAACUGUAAAAUAGGUCGAUUUACAAACACGCUGAGAGCAGAUGAGGGGUUCUGAGUAUAGAUGGACUCCAUGGUGGUCCACACACUCGAGAUUUUCAUUGGAAAUGAGUCCAACCCUCAACACAUUCUUUACAUUAUGGUGAUUUAUACUGUAAUCUGUGGAUCAAAUCAGCUGUUUUCUGGUCUGACGCAUCAAUAAAAACUCCCUGAAUUCAACCAGUAAAAAA